AUGCCUUUUGGCCUAAAGAAUGCUCCGCAGAUUUAUCAACGCCUCGUAUACAACGCGCUGUAUGGAGUUUUGAAGAUCUCGCGAUCUAGCGAUGCCGGGGCUACAACGGAUGUGUUCCAGACAGGGAUCGCGGACGAUCCUGACCGCGAGUCAGUAUGGAGAUCAUACAUCGACGAUAUCAUGAUCGCAGCGGAAUCGUGGGAUCAAAUGUACCGAAGAGUGGAAGAUCUGUUAGAAGCUUGUGAUAAGUGGAAUUUGUCGAUCUGUGUAGCCAAGCGUUUCUGGGGCAUGGAUAAUGUAGGUUAUCUGGGACACCGAGUGUCGAUCGGAGGUUUGGAGGCGAACCCAAAAGAUCUGAAAUCCCUAACCGAUUUACCGUUCGCCGGAUCACUUCGAUCUAUGCAGUCGUUCCUGGGUAGUUUGAAUUACUACAGCCGAUUCAUCAAAGAUUACGCUAUCUUUGCCUCGGUGCUCAACGAAUUACGCGAGGUGGAGUUCGCAGAACUGGAGAAACGAUCGUAUCUGAGGGAGACCAUGGACCGGAAUGACCCGAUUCUUCGAGAUCACGACCCACCGGAACCGCAGUUGACGGGAUCAGAGAACGAGAGGUGGAUCAGGGCACAUAAGGCCUUCACCACCCUGAAAACCAAGAUCGUCACCACCCCAAUCCUCCGUCACUUCGACGAGAUGAGAACACCGGUAAUCAUUGUAAAUGCCAGCGAUUGGGCGAUACCCGCUUCGUUGACACAAGAACACGACGGGAUCUUCCAUCCGGUUGCGUUCGCCAGCCGCACUUUGAAGACGAAUGAGUUGAAUUACAAUGUGACCGAAAAGGAGAUGUUGGCACUGCUGAAGGUCUUGGAUCUGUACUACAAUCUGCUAGGUCGCCUGGGACAAUGGUCUGCCCUCCUGGCCCCAUGGACACUCGAGAUCACGAAGUGCACGAAGGGUGAGGACGAGAUACUGGGGACGAUCGAUGCUACCAUUACGCUGAGGGUGAACAUCAACGACGCUCUGACCGAAAUCGCUCCCCGGAAAGAACCUAAACGCCGAAUCCAAGCGCCGAUACCCACCCACGAUCGUGUGUUUCUGCCCGGAUGGGAGGUGGUCAAGGCCAUAUCGGGGUAUCUCGGGAGCCCCACCGUGAACGAAGCAGAAUAUAACGGCCUGAUCCUGGGACUCGACAUGCUAGAGAACCUAUAUCGCAGACGCCUGGUGCUGUGCGGUGAUUCCAACCUGGUGAUCCGACAAAUCCCCAAGACCAAGAAUCCUGUGAUGCGAAUUGCUGCGGUUACCACUCGAGCUGGCUCAGCAAGAUCACCUGCGGGUGUCAUGCAAGAGGAUCUGAUCCGGGAGAUCCGGGUCGAUCGGAUCAAACAAGCCCAAGAGCAAGAAGUCUGGAUCGCCGGCAUGAAUAAGUAUCUGAGCAGCCACAAGCGGAAGCAAGAUCGAAAAGGAAAACCUGUGGUCAGGGGCGAAUCACCUGGGAACUUGCAGGCGACGUACCCGUUCCAGAUUAUUGCGAUGAAUCACAUACCGUCGCUACCCAGAUCCCACAAGGGAAACACGGAUUUAUUGAUCUGGGUCGAUCUGUUCACGGGAUAUGUGAGCGCGAAAGCAAGCCCGUCCCGACCAGCCCAGACGGUGGCGGAAUCGUACAAAGAGUGCGUAUUCCGGCAAUUCGGUGCCAGUGAGAUGAUCCGGCAUGAUCGGGAACCCGGCUUCAUAUCCGAUUUCUUCCGGGCGUUUAAUAAGAUCCUGGGACACCGGCAGCGCGCUACGAUGGCAUAUCGACCACAGGCUAACGGGACUGCUCAGAGAAUUGUGCAGACCGCGGCUAGGGCCCUCAAGAUGUACGUCCGCGACCUCGGUCAGAAGGAUUGGGACGAAUACGCUGAGCGCCUUACCUUCGCGAUCAACACGGCUCACGAUCGGAUCCGGGGAGAUACCCCUCACUAUUUGGUGCAUGCGUGGGAUCCGAGAUCGUCACUGGAGCCUACACUGCCAAUCGAGGCCGGAUCCCGCAUCUGGUUAUACCUAGAUCGGGUGAAGGAAGGAUACGCGCGAAAAUUGGCUCACCUCUGGCACGGGCCGUUCCGAGUCGCCGAAAAGAUCAACGAAUUCAGCGUCCAGCUCGAGGUCGCAGGCACCGGGUACCAGACCUUCCCACUAGUACACGUGUCGAAGUUGAAAUUGGUCAAGGAUUUCCCAGAUCGACCGCGAGUGGAACUUUCGGUGAACGAGGCGGAUCGUCUCGAUUUCGACGAGAUCCUGCUUCCUGAGGACAGUUGGGUUCAGGAUCUUGGGGCCGAUGAGUACGAGGUCGAGCGGAUUUCUGAUCCCACCUGGGUCGACGAAGCCGAUCUCAACUGCGGGACAAUAUUGAACGCCUUCCUACGAGAGCGGGCCAAUCGGAACCGUUUCACUGUGAUGCAAUCACAUGAGGAGAUGCUUCACCGGCGAGCAGAGACUCCUCUGUGGCGGAUCGCCGUAUCGUAUGCCGCCCUGGAGGAGGAUCACAUGAUUGCGUAUUGGGAAUCGACCCAUUAUUUCGAGAUCACUUCGGCGAUGACCGACGCGGACUCAGAUCUCUUCACCUAUCACCAAGGUCAACGUCAGCGACGGAUCCGGGCUGGAGAAAGUUGGCGGAAAUUGUUGGGGGAAGUCGUUCUAGUGAUGAGAGCACAGUGGGCCGAUAUCGACUUCCUGCUGGAUCCCUAUUUCCUCCACCUUCCGACAAAACAGGAUCGGGUGCGUUGGUAUCCCGGAUCGGUCUCCCGGGCGGCCAAUCUCACGCAGCCGACAGCGAAUCUCCCCGAGCCGACCGACCUGAUCACGGUUCUGUUUGAAUGUGAUCAAGCGGAUCCCUGGAGGAAUCACUACCGUGAUCCCGGUUCCGCUCAUCCGUCGCUGAGCAUACCUUGCCUCGUGAACAAGUUCAAUCCUCCGGCGGCCCCCUAA